UGAGGUCGUCGCGUCGCGACGCUGCCGCGAUAAUCUGACAUUUUCAUGUCAUUCCGUUUUUGUUUCCUCGCCUCGUCGGCUCGGCUCUUCAUCAGCGCAAUUUCGAGCACGGCUUACAAACAAAAGAAAGCACCGUCAUCUUUGUUUCGAAUUUUGAAAUUUAAACAUCUGGUCCUGCGAUGGAAAUCGAUGAGGAAGAGUUUGAGCAACCCACAUCUAGCAGCAGUCGCGGAGAGCGGAAGCGGUUCGAGGUGAAAAAGUGGAAUGCUGUAGCGUUGUGGGCUUGGGACAUUGUUGUGGACAACUGCGCUAUUUGUCGUAAUCAUAUUAUGGAUUUAUGCAUCGAAUGCCAGGCUAAUCAAGCUUCUGCUACCAGCGAAGAGUGCACAGUGGCCUGGGGUGUCUGCAAUCAUGCAUUCCAUUUCCACUGCAUCUCCCGUUGGCUAAAGACACGACAAGUCUGUCCUUUGGAUAACAGGGAAUGGGAGUUCCAGAAAUAUGGCCACUAGGAUGUUGAACUCGUAUUCUUCUUAACAGCUUUAAGAUAUUGUCGAUUGGUUCAGAAAGAAAGAAAUAACGGACUUAUGUUUCAAAACAACAAAACUUAAGUUGAAUAAAUCAAACAUUGAAGACUAAAAGAUGAAAAAAAAAUGAAUUAAUGUAUUGUUAGAAAAAUCCUUA